CACCUGAACCCUGCUGUGACAUUUGCUUUGUUAUUGGCUAGGAAAGUAAGCGUGCCAAGGGCGUUGAUGUACAUGUUGGCUCAAUGUUCAGGUGCGAUUUGUGGGUGCCUGUUGGUAAAGGCUUUGCAAAAGACUUAUUACGUCGUAUAUGGUGGUGGGGCUAAUGAGCUAUCACAAGGCUAUGGUCUAGCCACCGGAUUAGGUGCUGAAAUCAUUGGCACUUUUAUCCUUGUAUACACUGUACUCUCCACCACUGAUUCAAAGAGGAUUGCCUGCGAUUCCCAUAUUCCAGUAUUGGCACCAUUGCCAAUUGGGUUUGCGGUUUUUAUGGUUCACUUAGCCACAAUCCCAAUUACUGGAACCGGAAUCAACCCUGCUCGAAGUUUUGGGGCUGCAGUCAUCUACAACCACAAGAAGUCAUGGGAUGACCAUUGGAUAUUUUGGGUCGGGCCGUUGAUCGGGGCUGCUGGAGCGGAAUUCUACUAUGAACACAUUUUACGAGCACAUUUAACAUUGUACCACAAUCACCAUCAUGUUACUCGGCAUUGAGGAUUAGGAAAAAGAUAGUUCACAUUUUCUCAUUUUAUGGUAGGAAAAAAAAAGUUUGUUUACACUCAAUUUUCAUUAGGAAGAGGUUAUCACAUCUGAAUCCGUUGCUCAAACCGAAUCACGUUGGAAGGGCCGUAAACACAAAGGCAUGUGUAUUACUUAAUGACUAUAAUGUUAU